GCAGUUGUGUGGGUGUGUGCGCGCUGGCGCGCGUGUGAGUAAACCGCGUAGAAGCGCGAGCCACGCCGACACCAAAGAGGGGUUCCCUUUACCAACAGUCCGCAAAGAGCGCAGAGCAGAGAGCCUGGCGCAGGCUUUUUAUGCCUUAAAGCUUGGACAACAAACAGCGAGGAAGUGCUGCAGAGCAUCGACUGGAUACGCUGUCUAUUUGAACUGCGCUGCGUUUGAACUUUCUCAAAGUGAAAUGACCAGAUUUGAAGCUUAGAGUGACGCGGCUUUACGCCUGUAGUCGUGCGCUCUCACGACGAUUUUAGAUCGCCAAUGCCCAAAGAGUGCAGGAGAAAGACCUCCAAGGAUUUGGGAUUCUCGGUGACUGGAAUAAAUGACGCGUCUCGUUUAGAGCGAAGGGGGGCCGCGAAGUCUUCGCAGAUUUGCGAUGAGCUCGUUCACACAGCCGCUCAGAUUGCCCCGACGUCCGGACCGCCAACUUUGAUGGAUGCGCCCCGGGUACCUCAGGUCACCAUCACCCCGGAGGGAGGCGGGAGCUCCCGGGAGAUGCAGCAGGAGGACUGGGAUGAGGCGGUGGACGGUACGCUGCGCAGGAAACUGUCCAACUCCUCCAUCUCCUCUACGGGGUCCUCCGUUGUGGAGUCCGAGGAUGACCUACUGAGUGACAACGAGAGCAAAAGCAAAGGCAUCGUCACUUUAGAGCAUCUGGACCCUGGAGAAAGCAAAGCACCGUGGUGGAAACUGAAGACCAUAGUCCACUGGUCGUUCAGCGCAUCCCAGAGGAAAAGACUAAACUGGGUCCAGUUAGCCGGGCAUAAAGGUAACUUCAAAGCAGCAGAUGAGGGCACCAUUCUGAAGAAGUUCUCAGAAAAUGAGAUGCAGUGUUUUGAGAAGCUGAGGAAUGACGCACUGCUCCCGUUUGUGCCUGAAUACCUCGGUGUUGUAGAAAAAGACGGAGAGUCUUUCCUUCAUAUGACAGAUUUACUGGCAAACUUUGACCUUCCUAAUGUUAUGGACUGCAAAAUGGGAGUAAGGACCUACCUGGAGGAGGAGCUUGUGAGAGCGAGGGAACGGCCCAAGCCAAGAGAAGACCUGUAUAACAAAAUGGUGGAGGUCGACAGUGAAGGGCCCACUCCUCAGGAGCAUUCCCAGCGGGGCGUCACCAAGCCUCGCUACAUGCAGUGGAGGGAGACCAUGAGCUCCACCAACACCCUGGGCUUCAGGAUAGAGGGGACCAAGAAAAGCGAUGGCUCGUGCCGAACUGACUUCAAGAAAACAAGAUCGAAGCAGGAUGUCAUCCAGGUCUUUAAGGACUUUGUUGAUGGAAACGUCGACAUCGUAAAGUCAUAUUUGAACAAACUGACAGAGAUCCAGCAAGCCCUGAAGACAUCAGAGUUCUUCAAGAGACACGAGGUCAUUGGCAGCUCUCUCCUCUUUAUCCACGACCACACGGGCAGUGCACAAGUCUGGAUUAUUGACUUUGGCAAGACCACAGCUUUACCAGAGGGCCACACAUUAAACCACGGCAUUCCCUGGCAGGAGGGAAACCGGGAGGAUGGUUACUUGUGGGGGCUGGAAAACCUCAUCCACACACUGGAGACUGUGAGAAGUGCAGCCAGCGUAGAAACCUGUUGCUCAGUUACCAAAGAAAACAGCCAAAAUAUAAAAUCACAAGGCCAGUGACCUUUGGCUUAUAAAUGGGUUUAAAGAACGGCAACUAUUUUAAUGGACAUCGCGGGAUGGUUUCAAAUAUGAUAAAUUGCUCUGGGUUAUUUUUAAGCACAGAAUACUAAAAAACAAACAAACAAACAAAAAAACAUGAACAGCAUUCACUGUAAAUCCCAGGCUCAGGUUUUCACCGAUUUGAUUAAUAUGAUCAUAUUUAGUAUUGACACUGACAGAAAAAAAAAAAAACUGUACAGCGGACACUGAACAGAGAGAAGCAGAGAGUUUGUCACUAUAAACAAAAUGAUUAAAGGAAAUGCACCGACACUAAUUCAGCUUCCUACACAAUGAAAAGUGGAAGUGCAGGGAUUGUGCGUUUCACUUUCAAGAUGUUACAAGUGAAAAUUCUCAUAAAAAUGCGCUCGCUUCUCUCGAGAAGAGAAAGAACAAGCACACGUCACAGACUCGUUCUCACUUUACGCCAUUUACUGUAACUAUGAGCCUCGAGUGUAAGAUUAAAUCUGUUCAGCGUGAAACUGUCCGGGUCGCAGUUAUAACUACAAAGUAUAACACAUUCCCAGUACAGCACAGUAUACUGCAUAAUGGUUAGGCCGUAUUAUGUGUGUUAGUCUCUGGUGAAAUGUCUUUUAUCGUAUAGCAGAUUAUUUGUCUUUAAUUGAUUUCCUUCCUGCCAUUAAACUUGUAAUCAUUAUAGCACAUUUUCCGGUGAUGGUCAUUAUAAAACCUCAGAACUCGAGUGUUGUGCAAAUGAAAUGAAUGCAAAAGUGAAUGAAAUUAAAAUGGGGACAACAUUUUCCUUCUAUUUUUAAUAGUAAAACACUAACUCAGCAUGUUACGUGUGUUAGUCAGAUCAGAGUUAAUGCCCUUCAUUAGGGAUGCGAUUGUGUGUAACGGAUCAUACUUACACAAAUGAUUUUUUUGAUAUAUAUUGAUUUAUUUGGGGCACAGUAAGGUGAGGUGAAAGUAAAGAUGGCAGAUUGCAUAGAAUGUCUUUGCACUUUUGUUUGAGGCAUCCUCAACUACGAAAAAACACAGGAAUAAAAACUGAAAGGAGUGUGAAAUAAAAUGUAAGAUGAGGGUCAUUUUUUUUUUUCCUCUGUAAAAAAACAAAAGAAAAACAAUAUCAAUCCACAGUAAUCAAUAUUGCUAUAGGGCACAAACUUUUUCUUAAAGAGAUAAACAGCAGAUAAAGACACAAAUAUCAGCAGUAAGCAUACAGUAAGCCUACAGAACUAAAUGUAACAAUAUAUUAAAAAAUAUAAUAUUGCCAUGUUUAGGCUCAAAAUAAUGUCACACCAAAUACAUCUUUAAACUUGAUUAAAUAAGAAUAACCUGAAAGCAUAAAUACAGCAACUUGUUUGGUAUUUCAAAUUUGAAUACCUCCCCCUGUUGAGUAAACUUAAGCACUACCAGCACUACAUCUACAGAGGCAGUGUAGCAGUACAUGUCUAAUGGCAGUGAUUGAUUACAGAUUCAUCAUUAACAUGAAUGAAUACAAAUGUCAAAACAACAACAACAAAACAGCUACAAAUGUAAUGGGUUAGUCCAGUGUAAGGAGCAAGUACAAAAAUAGCAACUAUUUUCCCAACUGCAAAGUCAUCGUCAAAUUCUAUACGUUCAAACAUCGAUAAGGCCAAGUAAAUAUUGGGACAAGGGGAAAGAGACCGAAAAAUGUGACGUCAAACAAAGAUCUGUGUAAUUAGGUGGAAUGUUCUCUUCAGAGGCUACACUGUUUGCUAACAUCUGCAUUUUUCAUCUGGAGCCGUGGUUCUCACACUGUUUCUGGCACGCUCCGUCUUCCAUCGGAGCGCAGUGACCUCACUGUUCAAGAAACCAGUUUAAGGUGAUCUGAGUUUUGCGUCAUGGCACAUUAUCCUGCGAGAAGCAGCCAUCAGAAGAUGGAUACAGUGUGGUGACAAAAUCACCUUUCCUCUCCAUUCUGAUGCUUGGUUUGAACUUCAGUAGGUCGUCUUGACCAUACCUGGAUGCCUAAAUCGAGUUGCUGCCAUGUGAUUGGCUAAUGAGAGGUUUGCAUUAAUAAGCACCUCAAUGAGGUGGCUGGUGAGUGUAACCUGGUUGUUAACACCCCUCCUGCAGUGGCUCUUUGGGCCUCUAGGUGGGGCCAAUACCCAGUUUGAGAACCACUGAUCUAGAGUCACAGAGUCUGCACCUUAACAAAUAUACUUGAAACUUUAACGGCCAGCACCCAGUUAACUUUGGAAGUCUGAAAACAGGCUCUGCCAAAUAACAGCUCUAAAGUCUCUAAAAUCAGAAAAUACACAUUAUUGCCAUACUUUAGGAGGAGGUGUUUUCACAUUAUAUGGGAUGAAAUCACUCACAUUAGAGUACCAACUAUUAGUACAAGGUCCUAAAGUGUAUAUA